GAAAUGUCGCUAGAGUAUCUUAACUACUUAGGCUUUUACUGUCUCCAGUGACACUGAAUGUCGACAACACUAGCUGGAUAAUUCUCUACUGGGACAGAUGAGUAGUCAAUGCCUUUUAAUCAGUUACCUACCUAGCAACGGUUUCCUAAAUUGAACACUCGAAAGCAUAUUUCAAAAUGGACAUCCGAGGUGCAGUUGAUGCUGCCGUCCCAACCAAUAUAAUAGCAGCCAAGGCCGCCGAGGUCCGCGCGAACAAGGUCAACUGGCAGUCGUACCUCCAGGGCCAGAUGAUCUCAGGAGAAGACUGUGAGUUUAUUAAGAAGUUUGAGGUUGCCAGUUCUGACCAGAAGCAGGCAAUUCUGACAAAAGAAGGACAUCAGUGUGCAAAGACCUUCCUCAACCUCAUGGCCCACAUAUCAAAGGAACAAACAGUUCAGUACAUCUUAACCCUGAUUGAUGACACUCUACAGGAAAAUCAUCAGAGGGUCAACAUUUUCUUCGAUUACGCCAAGAAGACCAAGAACACAGCAUGGUCCUAUUUCCUUCCUAUGCUGAACCGCCAGGACCUCUUCACUGUUCACAUGGCUGCAAGGAUCAUUGCCAAACUGGCUGCCUGGGGGCGGGACCUGAUGGAGGGGAGUGAUCUGAACUACUACUUCAACUGGAUCAAAACUCAGCUUAGUUCCCAGAAACUACAUGGUACAGAAACAGGAACAGGAACCAUCUCUCCCAGUGAAAGCUCUCAGUAUGUUCAGUGCGUCGCUGGUUGCCUGCAGCUGAUGUUGAGAGUGAAUGAAUACAGGUUUGCCUGGUUCGAAGCCGAUGGAGUGAAUUGCAUCACAGCCGUGCUGAGUAACAAGUGCGGCUUCCAGCUGCAGUACCAGAUGAUCUUCUGCGUGUGGCUGCUGGCAUUCAGCCCACAGCUCUGUGAGCAGCUGCGUCGCUACAACGCUGUGCCUGCCCUCUCUGACAUCCUCCAGGAGUCUGUGAAGGAGAAAGUCACCCGUAUCAUCCUGGCUGCUUUCCGGAACCUGCUGGAGAAGUCUGCAGAGAGGGAGACUCGUCAGGAGUACGCUUUGGCCAUGAUCCAGUGCAAGGUACUGAAACAACUGGAGAACCUGGAUCAGCAAAAAUAUGACGAUGAAGACAUUACUGAUGACAUCAAGUUCCUCUUGGAAAGACUGGGAGAAAGUGUCCAAGAUCUCAGCUCUUUUGAUGAAUACAGCUCUGAGCUGAAGUCUGGCCGGCUUGAGUGGAGUCCAGUGCACAAGUCAGAGAAGUUCUGGCGAGAGAAUGCUGUUCGUCUGAAUGAGAAAAACUAUGAACUGCUUAAGAUUUUGACCAGGCUGCUGGAGGUGUCUGAUGACCCUCAGGUUAUCGCAGUGGCUGCUCACGAUGUGGGAGAAUAUGUGAGGCAUUACCCUCGAGGGAAAAGGGUGAUUGAACAGCUGGGUGGAAAACAGCUGGUGAUGAACCACAUGCAUCACGAGGAUCAGCUGGUGCGCUACAAUGCCCUGCUGGCAGUUCAGAAGCUCAUGGUGCAUAACUGGGAGUACCUGGGGAAACAGCUCCAGUCCACAGAGCAGACCACUCCAGCUGUGGCUGCCCGAAGCUAAACUUGCCCUGUUCUCAAGGUUGUGGUUUUGCAUUCAUGGAUCUUGUUGUCUGAAUGUCCAUUACUGCUACAUAACAAAUAUGUGUCAGGAAGGGGAAAAAAAAGAAACUUUAUGCCCCAAGUUGAUCUACUGUGUUUGUGUCCUCCCUAAAAUCCCUACACAACCGAACUGCUUCUUUUCAAUUCUUAAAACCCCAGCCUGAAACUUAGCAUGUCCGCUGCCCCAGGUAUGGGCGCUGAAAAAAACAAUGAACAUGAAAAAUGGAUAUUUUGGACAACUGAAUGGACAUUAUUGACAUUCGAAACCAUUAGCUGGUCUGCCACAGUGCCACUUGUGGCUGUUGCAUAUAGGCGCUUUGCCUUCAUUGUUUGAAAUGUGUUUGUGUCUUCACGCUUAUUAUGUGAAAUGGUUUGAGUAGUUUCAAAAGUAAAUGAUAUUCAGUGUUAUUUAUGUCUUAUCUGUAAAACAAUGAAUAAGCAUUCCAAUAAAAACUCUUAACUUCA